AUGUCCUCGAGCACGCCCACCCCGCCAGACACCAACGGUGCCAAUCCCCAUAAACGUCCUCGCAGCCCAGGCGCAGACUCCAACGGCAAGGAACCUGUCGCCGACAACUCAAGCGUGCCCAAACCGAAGCGCCUGGCAUGCAUGAUUUGCCGAAAGCGCAAGCUCAAGUGCGACGGUAUCAGACCGAGCUGCAGUACCUGUGCCAGGCUAGGCCAUUCUUGCGCCUAUGAUGAAGUUCGCAGGAAAAGCGGUCCUAAGAGGGGAUAUGUCAAGGCUCUGGAGGAACGCCUGAAGCAAGUCGAAACCCUCCUCAAGACCCAGGACCCCCCCGCCGCUCCCACCGACUCUUCUAGGACAAUACCCAUCGGACUAGACACGGCCUCCAACCGCAUUCAAAACCCGGCUUCGGCUCCGACUUUCAAUGUCUCCAAUCCGAACCUGGCUGUUCCUAGGGAGGGCGAUGCUGAACGUUGGAGAUUCAACGGCGAAUCCCCUCAAACGCAGAAUGCUGCGCCUCCCAUGGACGACUUCAACUUCAACUCCAAUAUGUCAAUGGGCAUGAACAACGUCGGAAGCAACUUCACUUGGGAGAUGAUUGGUUUGGGCCUUGAGGAGCCCCUUCCUCCUCAAGAGACGAUUGAUGAGCUUGCGCCCAAUCAACGCCCUCCAGUUGCACUCAGAUAUGCCAUAUGGACGUUGGCAUGCUCCAUCACCGAAAAGUACAUUGAUCUCAAGGAUCUGUUCUACCAGAGAGCGCGCAAAUAUGUUGAGGCAGACUACAUCAAAGGUUACGGCGAACACCUGAUCUCGGUCGCUCACGCGCAGACCCACGUGCUACUGGCAUCGUAUGAAUUCAAGAUGAUGUAUUUCCCGCGAGCUUGGAUGAGCACCGGAUCAGCUGUGCGCCUCUGUCAAAUGAUUGGUCUGCAUCGGCUUGAUGGCGCUGGUUUGGAUGUGAAGCAAUGCCUCCCACCACCUCGAGACUGGACCGAGCGUGAAGAGAGGCGGCGCACGUUCUGGAUGGCUUUCUGCGAGGAUCGCUACGCCAGUAUUGGCACUGGAUGGCCAAUGACUGUUGAUGAGAAGGACAUCAUGACAAAUCUGCCAACCACUGAGGAGGCCUUUGAAAUGAGUCGGCCUGAGCAAACACAGUCCUUGCAGGAUUGUAUGAGUCCUUCCGGUGCUGGAAAACUCUCUUCUUUUGGCGGCAUAGUGCUCAUGGCAUGCCUAUUUGGCCGAAACCUCAUCCAUCUUCACAGACCCGACGUGGACGACAGAGACCACGACCUCAACGGCGAGUUUUGGAAACGACACCGCAACAUGGACAACAUUCUCUUGAAUACUUCUCUCUGCUUGCCUUCUCACCUGAAGCUCCCUGCCGGUCUUGGAAACCCCAACAUCGUUUUCACUAACAUGAGUAUUCACACAUCUACCAUCUGUCUUCAUCAAGCAGCCAUCUUUAAAGCCGACAAGAACCGACUUCCGGCAUCGGUCAGUGCCGAAAGUAAAGUACGAUGUAUUACAGCUGCCAACGAGAUCGCAAGCAUCAUGAGGACGAUCUCGCACAUGGAUCUCUCAGCGAUGAAUCCUUUCAUUUCGUUCUGUCUCUACGUUGCUGCUAGGGUAUUUGUGCAGUAUCUCAAGAGCCGUCCUGAAGACAGCCAGACGGCCGACUCGCUCAGAUUUCUCCUCUCCGCCAUGAACGCGCUCAAAAGGAGGAACCCCCUGACAGAAUCGUUUCUGGUACAGCUUGACGUGGACCUAGAAGCCCUUGCGAUCAGGAUACCAAAACUAAAAUCGGCCUUUCCGCGCAGUGUCGAUAGCCCGACGUCGAAUAACGGUGGAUCCCGAGGCCCAGUAUGUGACGAUCCUGAAGGCGUUCAAGGUAUCAUGUCGUAUCGCAAUGAGUGUCACUUCAUGAAGGUUUCGGGCGACAAUGGAAACGCUGCUGGGGCACCAAGUAUCGUUGAACCUGAAAAGGACGGAGACGCCGGCCCCAAUUCUGCAUCAACUGGGUUCGGAGGUCAGACCUGGCUCUCCGCGGAGCAGCACCUUCCCUACGACGCCAACCGAUCCGGCAUUCCAAUGCAGGGAACGGUACUGACGCCGAGCUCCGGCUCGCUUUACGACAAAUCUGGAUCUAGCAAUGGACACGUGGCUGGGUUUGGGCAGAGCGAAAGCAACGGCGAUAACAUGUCCGGGUCACCCGACGGGGAUCAGUCGAAUCGACCAACGCCUAAUUCCAGUUCAGCUUCGGAACAGCGAAUGAACAUGGCUUCGGGCGGCCGGAACUCGUUCGACGCCAGUUCAGCGGCUGGGCAACAGAACAUGAACUCUCAAGGCAACACGGAAAACAUGAAUUUCUUCGGCGACACGAACGGUUUCGGAAUGAGGGGCAUGGGACUUACGCCAAAUCAGAGGUUUUCGAUGCCAGAAACGCCCGGGGCGGAUUUUGGCAUGCCAAACGGAUGGGGAGAUUUGCAAGGACAGACGGGCAUGACGCCGGUCGCCGAAGGAGUGUUGAGGUCGUUGAUGAAUAUGGGACCAAUGGACGCGAUGGAUCUUUCCUCGUGGGAUGCGUCAAACUGA